AACGAGGACACAAAAAGUCCCUUUACUCGUUUGCCAACAGCCACCAUUUUGGGAGUCAGAAUAGUAUUGGGAAUACCAGCAAUACCUUUUGGCCUUUAUUAUGGUACACACAUGCGUGGUGACUGGCUGUCGGAAUAGAAGAAUACCUGGCACCGCAUUGUCUUUUUACCGUUUCCCACGCGAUCCCGACAGAAAGCAGCGUUGGAUAGCUGCUGUGAACCGAGAAGGCUGGCUGCCAAAAGACGGGAGCAGGCUGUGUAGUACUCAUUUCAUCUCAGGUAAACAGGUGAAGAAUCCACGCUCGCCAGACUAUGUUCCCUCUGUAUUUACAUCAGCUCCCCUAUACCUGGAGUCGGAAAUUAAGCAAGACACCGCUGCCUUUGAAAUCUCAGACAAGCAGGAAGCCCAGGUGGAGGCGGCCAACGCCUUGCUCUUCCUGCAGGGCCAGGGCAGGUCUCUGGUCGACCAGAGACCGAGCCAGGAGGACCAUGACGUGGCCCAGAGUGCAUCCUCAUCCUCUACCAAUGAAGAUGGUGAGGAAUCUGAACCAGUGUCAAGCGACAGCAAAGGCAGGGGAGGGAAGCCAGCCAAAAGGUCAGCCACCGAGCCCGACAACUAUGAGGACAUGCUCAAGACCUUGAAGAAGGAGAACCGGGCUCUCCGGGAGUCUGUGGAUAAAAUGUCACUCUCAGAGACCUCAUUCCGGAACGACCCAGAGAAGGUCAGGUUUUACACUGGCUUGCCCAACUACUUUGUAUUUGAGACGGUCAUGUGGCUUCUCGCGCCACACAUGAACGGGACCAAGAACAGGGUCAAGCUCUCCAAGUUUCAGCAACUGCUGCUGACACUAAUGCGCCUCCGGCUUGACCUCAGGAACCAGGAUUUGGCCUACCGCUUCGGCGUGAAGGUUGGCACGGUGACCAGGACGGUGCUCAGAAUGGUUAACGUCAUGUCCACCACGCUGGUACCCACGGCUGUCUUCUGGCCCUCCAGGGCUGAGCUCCGCAAGAACCUCCCGGCAGCUCUCUGCUCGACCUACCCUGACUGUGCCGUGAUCAUAGACUGCUUCAGGGUGACCCUGGAGAAACCCGUGUCAGAAGGAAACUUGUUGUGUCAGGGGGCGUCGGCAGGGAGCAACACUCUGAAAUACAUGAUAGGCAUGGCCCCGCAGGGCGUGGUCACUUUCGUCUCCAGGGGGUCGCCAGGGAGUGUCAGCGACAAGAGCCUGGCAGAGGGUUGUGGCUUCCUGGGCAAGCUCCUCCCAGGAGACGUGGUCCUGGCCGAUAAGGAUUUGGACAUUGGUAAGUCGGUGGCGGCCCGUGGUGCCCUGCUGAAAAUCACAGGCUGCCAUGGCGGAGAGGGGUCUGAAGGGAGCGAAGGGGUCUCGCUGACAGACAUUUCCCCAGAUAGGCUGAGUGUGCGGAGGCAUGUGGAGAGGGUUGUCUCCAUGGUGAAGCUAAGGUACUCCAUGCUGACCGGCCCAGUGGAGAUCCCCUUCACGGCCGCUGAGCGGUCAUCCAACAUUUUCACCUUUGAUAAGAUUGUGCAGGUUGCCUGUGCCUUAAACAACCUGUGUAUAUCUGCUACUCCCCUAGAGUGACUCACACUAGUGCUGCUCUAGGGUGACUUACACUAGUGCUGCUCCAUACUAGCACUAGUGUAAGUCAUCCGUACGAGCAUUGAUAACCCCUUUACUGCUUGAACACUUAAAGAAUCUAUAUUUUGGAUGUAAAUGGCAUGUUAGAAGUGCCCAGACACUUUUCUUGCAAAACUUACCCCAACAAGCGGUAGACUUCCUCAUGCUUGUUCUGCAGUGCCAGCGCGUGAAAAAAAUGAACAAAAGCUCCAACAUCACCCAAAUACGUCCUUUUUAGAUGUUGUGUAAUUUAGAACUUUAUCCGCAACGUUUUAUUCAAUUUUGUGCGACUCGAGAGAUACUUCUGCGUGUAGCCCACAAUACUUUUCCGUUUGCGCAUGCGAGGGCUAACAUGGAGCAGCACAGAUGGAUAGGUUAAACCACUCGAGUCGCAUCAAAUGGAAUAAAACGUUGUGGAUAAAGUUUAACAUAUUUGGGUGUGUUUUUUUUGUGUUGCUUUUAUCCACACUGCCACUGCAGAACGAGCAUGAGGAAGAUUAUCAAUGGUUGGGGUAAGUUUCUCAAAAACAAGUGAUAUCGCAAAAAAAAGUGUCUGGGCAUUUGGCCAUUUGCAUCCAAAAUAUAGAUUUAGUGAAGAAAGUAUACUUUUUCAUUAAUUGACAUCCUCGCUCCAUUCUACAAUUGCACUCUUAGAUGCUGGCGAGGGGAACUUUUUAUUUUAUUUCUUUUUUUACAACAGAACUUUCAGAGGGAUAUUUGAUGGAUCAAUUUAUCACAGGAUUUUGUCGGUAUUAUUAUUAUUUUUGCCCCUCUGGAUGUAACGGAGUGAGAAUUUGAAUUGCUGAGCUCCUCAGCGUUCACAAUUUUGAUAUGUGGAUACAUUUCAGAAGGACAUUCCAACAGUUAACCGGUGGUUUUGAGUGGACCUAUUCCAUAUUCUAUGAUUGAAUGUACAUAGUGGUUUUCGACCAUGACUCGGCUCUCAGAGACAUUUGCAUUACUCACAAUAGAUGUUGAUAUCGAACAGUAGCUUACUGUUGUCCUCAGGUGCUAGUGCCUUAGUUUGGAAUGCUGGUACUGCUGUAACAAAACAGAUAUGUAUGUUUCCAUCCACAGUUUUUUUUUUUUUAUGCGAGUAAAGUCAUACUGUAUAAAAUGUUUUUAUCAUGACCGCUGUGAUGGAAACAGGAAGUUUCGGUACAAUUUUAUCAAUGCUUACAGAUAAUUUGUUAGUUCGACAUGGUGGGAUCUUUUUGUGUCUGUAAAAUUAAUUAUGUGAGAAAUGGCAGCGGAAACGCCUUUAU